AUGCCCCACGCCAAAUUGCUAGAAUCUGACAACAGCGGAUACGCCGAUUUCGACACCCAUUUCUUCGACGGACAGGACGAAGUGGGCAAAGACGGCGUUUUGCGCAUUAGUAACAAAUUCCGGUCGAAAUCGGCUUUCGCCGAUUUCUUACCGGAAUGGGACCGAUCCCAGAAACACACACCACUCACAUACCAUGAGUACGUGGAUCCAGGCCUCAGAGCAGACCCAGGCUUCCCCAACUUGUUCCCGGAUUUCACACCCGUCGAAGCCUCCGUCAAGAAAAUCACGCCUAAACUAGGUACCGAGAUCGAUGGCAUCCAACUCACACAACUCUCCGACGCUGCCAAAGACGAACUGGCUCUGCUGGUGGCACAACGCGGUGUGGUAGUGUUCCGCAACCAGGAUUUUGCGAAAAAGGGUCCUAAAUACGCCGUUGACUACGGCAGUCAUUUUGGCAAAUUGCACGUUCAUCAGACCUCAGGUGCACCCCAGGGUCAUCCUGAACUGCACAUUACCUUCCGUAGACCUGACCAAAAAGAAUUCCAUCGCGUUUUCAACGACCAGGUGUCUUCGAUCAACUUCCACACCGAUGUGUCCUAUGAGCUACAGCCUCCUUCAUACACGUUUUUUUCGGUUUUGGAAGGCCCUGCAGGAGGUGGAGACACGUUGUUCAGUGACUCUUUGACCGCUUACGAAAGAUUGUCGCCAGCGUUCCAAGAGUUCUUGGGUACUUUGCAUGUGGUGCACAGUUCUAAAGAACAAGCGGAGAACUCGCGAGUGCAAGGCGGUAUUCAAAGACGUGAGCCAGUGACCCACAUCCACCCGUUGGUGCGUUACCACCCGGUGCUCAAAAAGAAAACUUUGUAUGUCAACAGCUCGUUUUCACGCCGGAUCGUGGAGCUGAAAAAACCAGAGUCGGAUCAGAUUCUCCAAUUUCUGUACAAUUUGAUCAACAACAGUCAGGAUUUGCAACUAAGAGCCAAUUGGGAACCUGGCACUGUUACAAUCUGGGAUAACCGCAGAGUCAACCAUUCUGCUGUCAUCGACUGGGAAGAACCCAUUUUGAGACACGCUUUCCGUAUCACCCCACAGGGUGAAAGACCUGUUGAGGAUCCAAAAUAUUUGAACGAUCCUACUUACUUGCCAUCCAAUCUGACCAACCAGGAAUAG